CGGGCCGGUGGUGAAGAGGAGAGCCACAGUCAUGUUGUCCUAGCCGGUCGAGAGAAGGCUGAGCACCCCAGCGUUUACCCGGACCGAGGUGUUCUCUGUGUGUGUCAAACAUGUCGGAUAAGAUGUCGAGCUUCCUACACAUUGGGGACAUCUGCUCCCUGUAUGCAGAGGGGUCCACCAAUGGCUUCAUCAGCACACUGGGUUUGGUGGAUGAUCGCUGUGUCGUCCAGCCUGACGCGGGGGACCUCAACAACCCUCCGAAGAAGUUCAGAGACUGUCUGUUCAGACUGUGUCCCAUGAACCGCUACUCGGCCCAGAAGCAGUUCUGGAAAGCGGCGAAGCCUGGAGGAAAUACGGACACGGUGCUCCUCAACAAGCUCCAUCAUGCAGCUGACCUGGAGAAAAAGCAAAAUGAUUCUGAAAACAAAAAGCUGCUUGGAACAGUAAUUCAGUACGGGAAUGUCAUUCAGCUACUACACCUGAAGAGCAACAAGUACCUGACGGUGAACAAGCGUCUGCCUGCGCUGUUAGAGAAGAACGCCAUGAGAGUGAUGCUGGACACCGCUGGAAACGAAGGCUCCUGGUUCUACAUCCAGCCUUUCUACAAACUGCGCUCCAUCGGGGACAGUGUGGUGAUCGGGGACAAAGUGGUCCUGAACCCAGUGAACGCAGGUCAGCCUCUCCAUGCCAGCACACACCAGCUCGUGGAUAAUCCGGGAUGCAAUGAGGUGAACUCUGUCAACUGUAACACCAGCUGGAAGAUCGUCUUGUUUAUGAAAUGGGGCGACAAUCAGGAAGUCAUCCUAAAAGGGGGCGAUGUGGUACGGUUAUUUCAUGCCGAGCAGGAGAAAUUCCUCACCUGUGAUGAUCACAGAAAAAAACAAUAUGUUUUUCUCCGCACUACUGGGCGACAGUCAGCUACCUCAGCAACAAGCAGUAAAGCCCUAUGGGAGAUAGAGGUUGUGCAGCAUGAUCCCUGCAGAGGGGGGGCCGGCUACUGGAACAGCCUGUUCAGGUUCAAACACCUGGCCACCGGACACUACCUGGCUGCAGAGGUGAAUCCAGAUUAUGAAGAGGAGUGCCUGGAGUCCCGCUCCUCAUUGGACUUGGAGCAGGAAGCGUUACGGGCUCGAUUGAGAAAUGUCCAGGACAAAGUUAUGUACACCCUGGUGUCUGUGCCCGAUGGAAAUGACAUCUCCUCCAUAUUUGAGCUUGACCCUACCACCCUGAGAGGGGGGGACUCACUGGUACCAAGGAACUCCUACGUGCGCCUCAGGCACCUUUGCACAAACACAUGGGUUCACAGCACCAACCAACCAAUUGACAAGGAGGAGGAAAAGCCUGUCAUGCUGCGUAUCGGCACUUCUUCACUGAAAGAGGACAAAGAGGCUUUUGCCAUUGUGCCCGUCUCCCCCGCUGAAGUGAGAGAUCUUGACUUUGCCAACGAUGCCAGUAAAGUGCUGGCCUCUAUCGCAGGAAAGCUGGAGAAGGGAACCAUCACACAGAAUGAGAGGAGAGCGGUUACCAAGCUCCUGGAGGAUCUGGUGUUCUUUGUUGUCGAUAUUCCCAACAACGGACAGGAUGUUCUCGAGAUAAUGGUCAACAAACCCAACAGGGAGCGACAGAAACUCAUGAGGGAACAGAAUAUUCUCAAACAGAUCUUCAAGCUGCUGCAGGCUCCAUUCACAGACAGUGGAGACGGGCCCAUGCUGCGCCUGGAGGAGCUGGCGGACCAGCGCCACGCUCCCUUCAGACACAUCUGCCGCCUGUGUUAUCGAGUUCUGCGUCAUUCUCAGCAGGACUAUCGCAAGAACCAGGAGUAUAUCGCCAAGCAGUUUCGCUUCAUGCAGAAACAGAUUGGCUAUGAUGUUCUGGCUGAGGACACAAUCACAGCUCUGCUCCAUAACAACCGCAAGCUGCUGGAGAAACACAUCACUGCUGCGGAGAUCGACACGUUUGUUAGUCUGGUCCGCAAGAACCGUGAGCCCAGGUUCCUGGAUUACCUCUCAGACUUGUGUGUGUCGAUGAAUAAGUCCAUUCCUGUGACCCAGGAGCUCAUCUGUAACGCAGUACUGGAUCCAGCUAAUGCAGACAUCCUCAUAGAAACUAAACUUGUGCUCUCGAGGUUUGAGAUUGAGGGAGCGCCGCUCGGGGAGAACUCUGUGGAGUCAGAGGAGGACGAAGAGGAGGUGUGGUUGUUCUGGAACGACAGCAAUAAAGAAAUCCGCAGUAAAAGCAUCAGGGAGCUGGCUCAGGAUGCCAAGGAGGGCCAGAAGGAGGACCAGGAGGUGAUCAGUUAUUACAGGUACCAGCUGAACCUGUUUGCCAGGAUGUGUUUGGACCGUCAGUACCUGGCAAUCAACAAGAUCUCUGGCCAGCUGGAUGUGGACCUGAUCUUGCGAUGCAUGUCGGAUGAGGACCUGCCCUAUGAUCUGCGAGCAUCCUUCUGCCGCAUGAUGCUGCACAUGCAUGUGGACCGUGAUCCUCAGGAGCAGGUCACUCCUGUCAAAUACGCUCGACUCUGGUCUGAGAUCCCCUCAGAGAUUGCCAUUGAUGACUACGACAAUGAUGGAACAUCUAAAGAUGAAAUCAAGGAGCGUUUCUGUGAGACCAUGGAGUUUGUCGAGAACUACCUGAGAGACGUGGUGUGUCAGAGCUUCCCUUUCGCAGAUAAAGAGAAGAACAAGCUCACCUUUGAGGUGGUGAAUCUGGCCAGGAACCUGAUUUACUUUGGCUUCUACAACUUCAGUGACCUGCUGAGAUUAACGAAGAUCCUGUUGGCUAUUUUAGACUGUGUCCAUGUGAGCACAGCUUUCCCUUUCACCAAGCCAGACAAAGAAGAUGAGAGCAAAGGUAGUAAUGUGAUGAGGUCCAUUCAUGGCGUAGGAGAGCUGAUGUCCCAAGUUGUCCUGAGAGGAGGGGGCUUCCUCCCAACAACUUCAAACACCAGCUCCACUGGAGACAAAGUGAAGACCCAGACUGAGCCUGAGAAACAGGACAUACUGGUCAUGGACACCAAGCUCAAGAUCAUUGAGAUCCUGCAGUUCAUCUUGAAUGUCCGGCUGGACUACAGGAUCUCCUGCCUGCUGUCUAUAUUCAAGAGGGAGUUUGAUGAGAGUAACUCCCAAACUGAGUUGUCUGUAACUGGAGCAGUGGAAGGACCGAACAAUAUGCCAGGGGCUUUGGAUUUCGAGCACAUCGAAGAGCAGGCAGAGGGGAUAUUUGGUGGAAGUGAAGAGAACACCCCUCUGGACCUGGAUGAUCAAGGUGGCCGUACCUUUUUGAGGGUCCUUCUUCACUUAACCAUGCAUGACUAUCCUCCUCUGGUGUCCAGAGCCCUCCACCUGCUCUUUAGGCACUUCAGCCAGAGGCAGGAGGUCUUGCAGGCUUUUAAGCAGGUCCAGCUGCUGGUCACCAGCCAAGAUGUGGAAAAUUACAAGCAAAUAAAGUCAGACUUGGACCAGCUUCGCUCUAUUGUAGAGAAGUCUGAGCUCUGGGUGUACAAGAGGCAGGGGCCAGACGAGGGCAUGGACGCUGGAGAGGGGCUCUCCUCUGAAUCAGAGCAUAAAAAGGGGGACUCAGGGGGCACAGACAAACCGAAGAAAGCAGAAAGCACCAGCAGUUACAACUACAGGGUAGUAAAGGAGAUCCUGCUGCGGCUCAGCAGGCUUUGUGUCCAGGAAGGCCUGUCGGGUAGAAAGAGCAAGAAACAGCAACAGAGGCUGCUGAGGAACAUGGGGGCUCAUGCUGUCGUCCUGGAGCUCCUACAGAUCCCCUACGAGAAGGGAGAAGACUUGCGUAUGCAGGAUAUCAUGAAGCUAGCUCACCAGUUUCUACAGAAUUUCUGCGCAGGAAACCAGCAGAACCAGGCCCUGCUGCACAAGCACAUCAAUCUUUUCCUCAACCCAGGGAUUUUAGAAGCUAUCACCAUGCAACACAUCUUCAUGAACAACUUCCAGCUGUGCAGUGAGAUCAAUGAGCGUGUGGUUCAGCACUUUGUCCACUGCAUCGAAACACACGGCCGCAACGUGCAGUAUCUCAAGUUCCUUCAGACUAUUGUCAAAGCAGAGAAUAAAUUCAUCAAAAAGUGUCAGGACAUCGUCAUGGCAGAGCUGGUGAAUGCUGGCGAGGAUGUUCUGGUCUUCUAUAAUGACCGCGCCUCCUUCCAGACACUGGUCCAGAUGAUGCGAUCAGAGCGGGACCGCAUGGAUGAGAACAGUCCUCUGAUGUACCACAUACAUUUGGUGGAGCUCUUGGCUGUCUGCACUGAGGGAAAGAAUGUCUACACAGAGAUCAAGUGUAACUCUCUGUUACCCCUGGAUGACAUAGUGCGGGUGGUGACCCAUGAGGACUGCAUCCCUGAGGUGAAGAUUGCCUAUAUCAACUUCCUGAACCACUGCUAUGUGGACACUGAGGUGGAAAUGAAGGAGAUCUACACCUCUAAUCACAUGUGGAAACUCUUUGAGAACUUCUUGGUAGACAUUUGCAGGGUGUGCAACAAUACAAGUGACCGUAAGCAUGCAGACAUCAUUCUGGAGCAAUAUGUGACGGAGACGGUCAUGAGCAUUGUAACAACUUUCUUCAGCUCGCCUUUUUCUGACCAGAGCACCAGCCUGCAGACCCGGCAGCCAGUCUUUGUGCAGCUGUUGCAGGCAGUGUUCAGGAUCUACCAUUGCACCUGGUUGGUCCCAGUUCAGAAGGGCUGUGUUGAGACCUGUAUCAAGGUUCUCUCUGAUGUCGCCAAAGGCAGAGCAAUAGCCAUCCCUGUGGACCUGGACAACCAGGUGAGCAACCUGUUUGUGAAAUCCAACAACAUUGUCCAGAAGACGGCCAUGAGCUGGAGACUCUCGGCUCGCAAUGCUGCCCGCAGAGACUCUGUGGUGACUGCUUCACGGGACUACAGGAACAUCAUCGAGAGGCUGCAGGACAUUGUGUCAGCUCUUGAGGACCGUCUGCGCCCGUUGGUCCAAGCUGAGUUGUCAGUUCUGGUCGACGUGCUGCAUCGUCCCGAGAUGCUCUUCCCUGAAAACACAGACUCACGCAAGAAGUGUGAGAGCGGAGGUUUUAUAUGCAAGCUGAUCAAACAUACAAAGCAGCUGCUGGAGGAAAAUGAGGAGAGACUGUGCAUCAAAGUUCUGCAAACGCUGCGCGAGAUGAUGACUAAAGACCGAGGCUAUGGAGAGAAGCUCAGGGCCUUUGAUGAUGAGAUGGAUUUGCCCAAGCAGCUGGAUCAGAACCAGCCUGAGAAGCUGUUGGAGGACCAGAAGAGGGGCGAGGCUCUGAGGCAAAUUCUGGUGAACCGUUACUAUGGCAACUUUUAUCGAAGUGGUGGGCGGAGGGACAGCCUGACGUCAUUUACCAAUGGCCCCCUCAGUCCGGUAGGACCUGGCAAAAGCCAAUCAGCGUUAGGAGGUCCUGGGGGUCUGAGUCGUGGGGAAAUGAGCCUGGAAGAGGUGCAGUGCCACCUGGACAAAGAGGGAGCCUCUGACCUGGUCAUUGACCUCAUCAUGAACACCACCAGUGACCGAGUCUUCCAAGAAAGCAUCCUCCUGGCUAUUGCCUUGCUGGAAGGUGGAAACACCACCAUCCAGACCGUGCACCUACAGAACUUCCUUCGCUGUCAAAACAACAAAAACAACUACAACCUGGUGUGUGAGACUCUGCAGUUCCUGGACUGUAUCUGCGGCAGCACCACAGGUGGUCUCGGUCUGCUGGGACUGUACAUCAACGAGAAGAAUGUUGCCCUCAUCAACCAGACUCUGGAGAGUCUCACAGAGUACUGCCAAGGCCCCUGCCAUGAAAACCAGAAUUGCAUUGCCACACACGAGUCCAACGGUAUUGAUAUCAUAAUUGCCCUGAUCCUCAAUGACAUCAACCCACUUGGGAAAAAGCGGAUGGACCUGGUGUUGGAGCUCAAGAACAAUGCAUCCAAGCUGCUGCUUGCCAUCAUGGAGAGCCGCCAUGACAGUGAAAAUGCAGAGAGGAUUCUGUACAAUAUGAGGCCUAAAGAACUGGUGGAGGUAAUAAAGAAGGCCUAUCUGCAGGGCGAGGUAGAGGUUGAAGACACAAAGGAGGAGGAGGAUAACGGGGAAGAGGAGGAACACGAUGCUGCUUCCCCCCGAAAUGUGGGACACAAUAUCUACAUUUUAGCUCACCAGUUGGCGCGUCAUAAUAAGGAGCUGUCCAUAAUGUUGAAGCCGGGAGGGGCCAACGGAGAGGGAGAUGAAGCCUUGGAGUUUUACGCCAACCACACUGCUCAAAUAGAGAUUGUGCGCCAGGACCGCACCAUGGAGGAGAUAGUGUUCCCCGUGCCCAACAUCUGUGAGUUCCUGACCUCUGAAUCAAAGCUGCGAGUGUACUACACCACAGAGAGAGACGAGCAGGGCAGCAAGAUCAACGACUUCUUCCUGUCAGCAGAGGACCUUUUCAAUGAAAUGAACUGGCAGAAGAAACUCAGAGCCCAACCCGUGCUAUACUGGUGCUCCCGGAACAUGUCGGUGUGGAGCAACGUCUCCUUCAACCUGGCUGUGCUCAUGAACCUGCUGGUCUGCUUCUUCUACCCCCUGGAGGGGAUACAUGCAGGUAUGCUGGAUCCCCACCUGUCUGCGCUGCUGUGGAUGGGAGUCUUUGCCACCAUGGUCAUUGUGAUCAUCAUGCCCCAACCGCUGGGCAUCCGUGCCCUCGUCAUCAUCACAAUCCUUCGUCUCAUCUUCUCUGUUGGCCUGGAGCCAACACUCUUCCUUCUGGGUGCCUUCAAUGUGUGCAAUAAAAUCAUCUUCCUGAUAAGUUUCGUGGGGAACCGAGGAACCUUCACACGAGGCUACAAAGCAAUGGUGUUGGACGUUGAGUUCCUCUACCACCUCCUUUACCUCAUCAUAUGCUCUCUGGGGGUGUUUGUCCACGUCUUUUUCUACAGCUUGCUGCUGUUCGACCUGGUAUACAGAGAAGAGACUUUGCUGAAUGUUAUCAAGAGUGUGACUCGUAAUGGACGCUCCAUCGUGCUCACCGCUGUGCUGGCUCUCAUCCUGGUCUACCUGUUUUCCAUUGUUGGAUACAUUUUCUUCAAGGACGACUUUAUCCUGGAGGUGGAUCGUCUCCCCAACACAACUCUGAAAAAUGGAGCCAGUUUGGCUAGUGAGUUUCUGUCUGCAGGAAUGUGUCAGGGAGGGAAUGAUGAGAACUGCACCACAGAAGCCCCGCCGGAAGAUUUGGGGCAGAACAUUGAGGUGGAAAGCAGCAUGGAGCGGACGUGCGACUCUCUACUAAUGUGCAUCGUCACUGUGCUGAGUCAUGGCUUGAGGAGUGGGGGGGGGGUCGGGGAUGUGCUCCGCAAGCCUUCCAAAGAGGAGCCUCUGUUUGCAGCCAGAGUGAUUUACGACCUGCUGUUCUUCUUCAUGGUCAUCAUCAUAGUCCUCAACCUCAUCUUUGGUGUUAUCAUCGAUACCUUUGCUGACCUGAGGAGUGAAAAACAGAAGAAAGAAGAAGUCCUGAAGACUACCUGCUUUAUCUGCGGUCUGGAGCGGGACAAGUUUGACAACAAGACGGUGACUUUUGAAGAGCACUUCAAAGAGGAGCACAACAUGUGGCACUACCUCUUUUUUAUUGUGCUGGUAAAAGUUAAAGACUCCACCGAAUACACAGGACCCGAGAGCUACGUGGCUGAAAUGAUCGAGGAGCACAACCUGGACUGGUUCCCACGAAUGCGAGCCAUGUCACUGGUGAGCAGUGAUGCAGAGGGGGAGCAAAAUGAAAUCAGGAACCUGCAGGAGAAGCUGGAGUCCACCAUGAGGCUGGUGUGCAACCUGUCAGGACAGCUGACUGAGCUCAAGGAGCAGAUGACGGAGCAGAGGAAGCAGAAGCAACGGAUUGGUCUUCUUGGUCAUCCUCCUCACAUGAACAUCAAUCCCCAGCAGCCUGCCUGAGGGCCCUUGGGGCCAGUUUCACCAGUGCCUGAGCACUCCUGUCAGUGCACGUCAUGUUGGACAGGAGAAUGCCAAAUGAUGUCCGUCUUCAGUAUGUAUUUAGGUCAAUGUCUGACUGUAUACUUCACCAGAGACUCCUACAAUAAGUGUUUCUACAACAUGCGUGCUUCUGAGUGUCUGGGUGAAGCGAAAGUUAUUUGAGUAUGUUACUCGCGGACUGUAGUGUGGAUGUGUCUGUGUGGGCGAAGUGUGCCCCAAGUGCCUCGGGACCUGAGAAGCGAGUCCUGUGGGUUUAGGAGAUGAAAACACUGAAUUCAGCUUUACUACCCCAAAUGCCUUCUGCGUUGUAUCAUACUAACACCAUGCCAAAGGUCAGCCAUUGUUCCUGGGGGUGUAAUCCUCCCAAGUAGCCUUGUAAUGGAUGUUUAUCAUCAGUGGUGCUCCAGCAAACUCAUGUCAUAUGAGGACAAAACCUUCGUGUUUUUAGCAUUUAGCUUUUGGCUGAUAGGAACAUAAAUACUUACAUGACAGGAUUUUCCCAAUAAGAAUUAACCAUUUUGGGAUAUGUAUUUUCUAUUUUCUAUUUCAAAUAUGGAGACACACAACACUUGUCCACAAUCCCAAAGAGGUCAACAUGUUUUUUGCAAAGUUUCAUAAUCACUUUCACAAUAUUUUGCAAUCUCAAGUACAACUUGUCUUCAUUGAAAGGCUCUUACGAUUAGAAAGGCUUCUGAGGAGACAUUUACAUUUGUUAGGAGUACAUACUGACCUCUUAGUAACUUUUCUACAAUUAUAAAUGUUGAUAUAGACCCACUGUAGAGAAGGAGCCAAUCAUGUGACUGCUUCCCUCUGAAGCUGGCUCCAUGUUGUACUGUAGGAAUAGAAGUGACAUGAAGUCACAUCGUACAGUUGAACCAAAUGUAUAGGAUUUUGGGAGAAACGUUGGUUAAAUUAGAUAUUAUUCUCUGCACUGAAUUAUGUAAUCUUCCUUUCAUUCAUUUAGUCCUAAAGCACUGAUAUUUUCUGUAGCACGCAAAUGAUUGUUACGUCACUUUGUAAAGACCCACUAAAGAAUGACUGUUGGCGUGUCUGAGCAUAUGUGAGGGGAAAAUAGAGAAAUCUAAUAGAUAUCAUUUUGGAGUGCUGCUUGACCAAACUGAACUUUUAUAUUAAUAGAUGGUUUGUGUCUGAAAUGAAACAUUCCAUUGUUGGAGUCUAUUUAAAUAAACAAGUGUGUAAAAUAAUCUGUUUCCGAGUGUGAAAGAGUAUCUGCAUUGAUUUGUAAGUCCAGGCAAAGACCAACACAUAAUUGACAAUAAAAUGCUUCAGUCAGAUGAAUGAAGAGCUUCACAGGAAACUGAUGGAAGAUGAAAUCUUAUCUGUAGUCUACAAAUCAGGAAGUGUCCUUAUCUUAUAAUGAGGACAUAUGUUGGCAUGUUGAGCAUCAACAGAGGUUGCACAGUUUUAGUU